GUGGAUCCCAGCCUAAGGCUGAGGUGGCCGCCACGGAGCUGGGGGCGGGGCCUGCGACACUAUGGCCGAGGGCAGCGGGGAAGUAGUGGCGGUACCCACGUCCGGGGCUGCCAACGGCAUCAGCAAUGGAGCAGGCGGGGUCCCGGCGCAGACCAGCAACCCUCUGUCGCGGAAGUUGAAUAAGAUCCUGGAGACGCGGCUGGACAACGACAAGGAGAUGUUGGAAGCUCUCAAGGCACUUUCAACCUUUUUUGUUGAAAACAGUUUGCGGACUCGAAGAAAUUUACGUGGAGAUAUUGAACGCAGAAGUUUAGCCAUCAAUCAAGAAUUUGUCAGCAUUUUCAAGGAGGUGAAGGAAGAACUUGAAAGCAUAAAUGAAGAUGUUCAAGCAAUGAGCAGUUGUUGUCAAGACAUGACAAGUCGCCUACAGGCAGCAAAAGAACAGACGCAAGAUUUAAUAGUAAAAACCACUAAGCUUCAAGCUGAAAGUCAAAGAUUAGAAAUAAGAGCGCAAGUUGCAGAUGCCUUCUUAUCCAAGUUCCAGCUGACUUCUGAUGAAAUGGGUCUCCUCCGGGGUACUCGAGAAGGACCUAUUACUGAGGAUUUUUUCAAGGCAUUGGGAAGAGUAAAACGGAUUCAUAACGAUGUCAAAGUUCUCUUGCGUACAAACCAGCAAACGGCAGGUUUAGAAAUUAUGGAACAGAUGGCCUUGCUUCAAGAAACAGCUUAUGAAAGGCUUUAUCGGUGGGCUCAAAGUGAAUGCAGAACAUUGACCCAAGAAUCAUGUGACAUAUCUCCGGUAUUAACUCAGGCUAUGGAAGCCCUGCAGGAUAGACCUGUCUUAUAUAAGUAUACCUUAGAUGAAUUUGGAACAGCCAGAAGAAGCACUGUUGUUCGUGGAUUUAUUGAUGCUCUUACAAGAGGGGGUCCAGGAGGCACACCAAGACCCAUUGAAAUGCACUCCCAUGACCCUUUGAGAUAUGUAGGAGAUAUGUUGGCUUGGCUCCAUCAAGCUACUGCUUCUGAAAAAGAACACCUUGAAGCUCUCUUAAAGCAUAUAACUAUACAAGGUGUUGAAGAAAAUAUCCAGGAGGUUGUUGGGCACAUUACCGAGGGUGUGUGUAGGCCUCUAAAGGUUCGAAUUGAGCAAGUGAUAGUUGCUGAACCUGGGGCAGUUUUAUUAUAUAAAAUUUCUAACCUCCUCAAAUUUUACCAUCAUACAAUCAGUGGCAUUGUUGGAAAUAGUGCAACUACAUUAUUGACUACCAUUGAAGAAAUGCAUUUGCUAAGCAAAAAAAUAUUCUUCAAUAGCUUGAGUCUUCAUGCAAGUAAAUUAAUGGACAAGGUUGAACUCCCACCACCUGAUCUUGGACCAAGUUUGGCAUUAAAUCAGACACUCACGUUGUUGCGUGAAGUUUUGGCCUCUCACGAUUCUUCAGUUGUACCAUUAGAUGCCCGUCAAGCUGACUUUGUGCAAGUUUUAUCAUGUGUCUUGGAUCCUCUCCUCCAAAUGUGUACUGUAUCUGCCAGCAAUUUAGGCACAGCUGACAUGGCCACUUUCAUGGUCAAUUCACUAUAUAUGAUGAAGACAACACUAGCUCUGUUUGAGUUCACUGACAGACGUCUAGAAAUGCUGCAGUUUCAGAUUGAAGCACAUUUGGACACACUUAUAAAUGAGCAAGCUUCUUAUGUUUUAACUAGAGCAGGCUUGAGUUCUAUCUAUAACACCGUACAGCAACAUAAGCCUGACCAGGGCUCUUUAGCUAAUUUGCCCAACCUAGAUUCUGUGGCACUGAAGGCUGCAAUGGUUCAGUUUGAUCGUUACCUGUCCGCCCCAGACAGCUUGCUGAUGCCACAGCUGAACUUUCUUCUAAGUGCCACAGUGAAAGAGCAGAUCAUAAAACAGUCUACAGAAUUAGUCUGCAGAGCUUACAGUGAGGUGUAUGCCGCCGUCAUGGAUCCAGUCAAUGAAUACAAAGAGCCAGAGAGCAUCCUCCACCGAUCGCCACAGCAAGUGCAGACGCUUCUCUCCUGAUAAUCUUAUUUGAAUGUUAGCAUAAUGGUGCAUCCCUGAAACUUUAAAGGUUUUCUUGUUCUUUAGUCUGUUAAUCUCCUCUUUGAAAUUGGAUGGUUACGAUUUUCUUUGUAUCAUAACAUUGUAGGUCCCAAUAAUUUCUUUUCUUUGAUCUCAGUACCACCAUGGAAGUAAGUAAUACAAUCUUGACCUGAGUCAGGGUUGCUCUGUAUCUGCUCCUUCUGUAGAGAUGGUGUGUUCUCUGUGAGCCACCUCCCCAGCUCUAUAACUUUCUGGAAUAUAAAUGUAUGGGGGGAAAGUCGUAUGAAAGGUGUGAGGGAUUUUUAUUUUACAACAUUAGUUCCAAAUGAAUAAUACAUAAAAAAAAGUUGUCUAAACUUAAGAAUUAAUAUGAAGAUGGGACAGAACAUCUCCUUACCUAAAGAUUAAGUGGCUUUCUUAUUAGUUAUUCAUGUGAGGAGACAUAUUUUAAACCAAGGAGCAGAAAUAUACACUUAGCAAAAAGUGGGAAAAGAGAGAGAGAAGUAAUUUAAACAAGGUGGAUUUCACUCUGUGUUUACCUGGCCUGAAUUCAAGGGAUGUUCAGCACUUCAAAAGGAUUUUAGGUAGGGAGUCACCCUGGGCUGCAUGUAAGUCUAGUGUCUAAUUAUAGGUAUUUGUUGUAUAGUCUGAACUCUAAAUCCAACCACCUAUAGAUUUUAUCUGGUGUUCAAACCAAAGAAUAAGGAUCUACUCUCACACCAGAGGAAAAAUAUGGAGUAGCAGCUGCUCACUGACAGUGUGUCUAUCCUCCUGGUGGCCCCUCACAAGAAUGAUCUGGGCACUGACUUUAGAACUUUACCUAUGAGUAAGAUUCAGAAUCACUGUGUUUUUCAAAAAAAUAGAUCUCAGUGUGUUUGAUGUGACUUUACUCUGUUGGUAAGAUUUCAAGGAUGAUUCUUAUUAGCAAAAUAUCUUAAUUUCUGAUACAACUACAAAAAGAGGUGAGUCCCUAAGUUAUGAGAAAACUGAGGCACAGGGAAAAAUAUUUUGCAAAAAAUAUUUUGCAAAUUAGUAAAACUAAUAUUUAUGUGACAUAUAAUAUUUAACAUAUUAUUUACAGAACAUGGCUUAUUCAUGUACCUGAAAUUUUAAUUGUUUAUAUUAAUAUGAUUCUUUUGGAGUAAGAACAGUUAUUUAUCACUUCUUUUGGUAUAAGUCUGUGCUUUUAGUCUUUUUCCUUCAAUGAGUAUAUGUGGUAUAUAAAAGAUAGAAAAUAAAGUAUGAUAUAAAUCAAGAACUUAAAUUUUAUAUACUUUAUUUCUACCAUGAAAAAAGAUUGCUACCUUAUUGAUGAAUCCCUUUGUUUUCUAGGAAAAAAAUGUAUUGGGCUUUUUACACACAGUUUUCUCAAAAUACUAAAAUUAUUUCUAGAACAGUGAUAAUUGAAGUACAUUUUUAUACAUCUCAUCAGUGUGUUUUUAGAAAAUGUACUGCAGAAAAGGAAGUACAGUGUAGGACCAAAUUGAGAUAACCAGUAUAAGACUGAUGAGCAGAAUGUGUUAUGAAUAUUAUCUUGAGUACUACGUCAAAAUAAAAGGUUUUAAGUGCUAAUUCGUGGACACAACCCUUAUAUUUGGUAGAUACUUCCUGGUUUGUGUUUUGAGCUGUUUUGAUGCGGCAUAAAUAUAACCUUAGCUAGAAAAUACAUGUGAGCCUUUUCUCAAGGAAAGGUAUUUGCCUCGCAAAAACCUCUCAUUAAAUUCCUCUCUUUCUCUCUUUGCACCUGAACUUGAACAGGGGAAUAUUACCUGAGAAAAACCACAUAAGUGGACUGAAUGACUUUUUAAAUUCAUGAUCACAGUCUUCAAAUGGCACUCAGUAUUGCUUUGUAGUUUACUUUGUCUCUUUGCUAAACUUACCUCUCCACUUUUCAAGAAGACUUUUCUGCCCUCACUCUUAGUUAAUGACCCUCAUAAUUUAUAGAGAAAAUAGAAGCUGUUAGAUUAAUCUCCCUUACUUCCCCACCUUCAAAUACUGCACUCAUCUUCUCCAUCUUUCCUGUAGAAAUUGCAAAAAUGAUUUUUUAUGAAGUUACAAACAUAGAAAUUAUCAUUUAAAGUCAUAAUUUUAUAAAAAUUAUAAGUAUCUUUUCUGGAGUUGAAAAUUGUAACUGAAUUUUAAAAAUUCACUGUAGGAAUUGAACAGAUUUGAACAGUUCAUAAAAAGAAUCUGUAAAUUUGAAGUUAGGCCAGUGGAGAUUAUCCAGUCAGAGGAACAGAAAGAAAAAAAGGAUGGAGGAAGAAAAGAAAAAGAAACAAAGGAUGAGGAUGAAUAGGGCCUAAGAGACCUGUGGGAUAUUAUUAGCAAUAUUCACUCAGUGGGUGUUUCAGAAGGGAAAGAGAGGGAAAAGGGGGCCUAAAGAGUGUUUGAAGAACUAUUUGUAGGAAACCUUACAAGUUUGUUAGAAAGUUUAAUAUAUACACAUUUAGGAAAUUAACCAGGCCCAUGCAGAGAUACACACCAAGACACAUCACAAUCAAAUUAUCAAAAGCCAAAGUCUAAGAGGGGAACUUGAAAGUAGCAGGAAAGAUAACUGAUCGUGUACAUGUGAUUUACAAUCAUGAUUCUCAUCAGAAACCAGAGAGGCCAGAAAGCAUUAGAUGAUAUAUUCAAAGUGCUGGAAGAACAAAACCAUUAACUUAGAAUUCUGUAGCCAGCAAAACUGCCUGUGAAAAUAUAGACAAAAUUGAGACAGUUCAGAAUACACGAAAACUAUCACACCUGCCUUAAAGGAAUGUUAAAGGUAGUCCUUGUGGCUGAGGGGCACCUGGGUGGCUCAGUUGGUAAGCAUCUGCCUUCCGGAUCGAGCCCCGCA